UUAAAUCAAAGCAUCGCGCCAGUUAUUAGUUUGUUUUGAGAAGUCGGGUUGGUCAAACGUUUUCCGAAGUUUGCUAACAACAUAGAAUUAUCUUCCGGUGAAAUCGAAAGUCAUGUUCUCGGUGCAAUGAAUAGUUUCUCUUCGAGUGAUAACAGUGAAUUUGCAUUUAUUUUGUGCGUGGUGUUUCAAUUAUGAAACAUAAUUCAUAACACGAGAAGUGCUUGAUAAUUUGAAAGUGAUUCAAUAUUUUGGAAAUAUUGUUGUGGAGUAGUUGAAAAAUAAAUCAUUAUGAAGUGGGAAGAAUUCAAUUACAAAAAGAUUGGAAUCAUCAGCGCUUCAACGCUCGUUGGAGGAUUGGUGUUUAGUUUUGGGAUAUUUCCGCAAAUUUUGCGAUACAUGGUGAAACAGCAAAUGAUGCUCAAGGAUGGAACCCAGAUGCGAGGCAUGUUCGAGAAGAUGCCCUUCCCGUUGGAUUUCAAGAUACACAUCUUCAACGUUUCCAACCCGGAGGCAAUCAUGAAGGGCGGCAAGCCCAAGGUCCAAGAAAUCGGACCUUACCAUUUUGAAGAAUGGAAGGAAAGAUUCGAUCGGGAGGACAACCUAGAAGAUGACACACUGACCUUCACAUUGAGAAACACCUUCAUCUUUCGACCGGAUAAAUCCGGGUCGUUAACCGGAGACGAAAUGAUCACCAUUCCACAUCCGAUCAUACUGGGAUCACUCGUAAUGGUCCAAAGAGAGCGUGAAGCGAUGUUGCCAUUGAUCAUUAAAGGGCUCAGUGUCAUCUUUGAACCCUUCGAGAGUGGAUUUUUCACGGUUCGGGUCAUGGAUCUGCUGUUCGAUGGGAUUAUGAUAGACUGCAGUAGUUCGGAUUUUUCGGUGAAAGCCGUUUGUUCCGGACUCGAAUCGGAAGGAAUCAUUGCGGUGCACAACGAUACCCACUACUCGUUUUCUCUUUUCGGAACACGCAACGCAACCGAUGCCGGGCGAUGGGUUGUGUAUCGGGGUGUUAAGAAUAUUCGGGACCUCGGUAGGGUCAUCAGCUACAAUGAUGAGCCGGAAAUGGAUACCUACUCGGGGGAUGCCUGUAAUAUGAUCAAUGGAACGGACUCGACUAUUUUUGCACCGUUUAUGAGCAGGGAGGAUUUGCUGUGGGCUUGGUCCCCGGAUAUUUGUCGUUCGAUGGGUGCGAAAUAUGUGCGGAAGGCGAAAUAUGCCGGGCUACCGAUGUCUUAUUACACCGUGGGCUUCGGAGAUUUGAAGAACGAGCCGGAUCUCCACUGCUUCUGCCGCAAUCCUCCGGACGACUGCCCACCGAAGGGCACCAUGGAUUUGGCUCCUUGCAUGGGGGGUCCCUUCCUGGGUUCGAAGCCCCAUUUCUAUGACAGUGAUCCGGAGCUCCUUAACGCCGUCGAAGGACUCACCCCCAAUGAGAAGGAUCACGAUAUGUUCAUCUACUUUGAGUUGACUUCCGGAACUCCCGUCUCUGGUGUCAAACGGCUACAGUUUAAUCUGGAAAUCGAACCGGUUACCGAUAACGAGCAGUUUGGAUCGCUUCCGAACGUUGCCUUGCCAUUUUUCUGGGUUGAGGAAGGAAUUUCGCUCAACAAAACGUGGACUAACCAGCUGAAGUAUCAACUAUUUUUGGGCCUAAAAUUCAAUGCCUUCGUCAAGUGGUUUACGAUCCUGUUGGGAAUUGUUGGAUCGGUGGGAGCUGGGCUGGUAUUCCACAAGCAGUCGACCUCGGCAACGAUCAACGUGAUCCCGAUAACGGUGGAAAGUGCCAAGAGUGACUCAACACGGCCGGCAGGACAGGACAACGACGGCUUCGAGGGAGACGAGGGAAAUCUUCGGAACUCAAUGGUCAGCAUCAAUAACAACAGGAAUUUGCCACCGGUCAUAAACCCGCUGGGUAACCCGUCCAAAUUGCUUAAGGUUGAUGAUGGACAGCGGUAUUGAAACCAUAAAUUUAACAAAUGUGACCGAAUCUGAACUCGUCAGUAUAUUUAAAGUUGAAACUGAUUAUUUACAUGAAAUUUGAGUCCAAUCGAGAAAUACCACCAUGGGAAUCUUACAUCACGAUAUUUUGCACUUAAUAGAUUACUUUCGAGUACAAUACCUUACAGCUUAAAUCACAACAAAUAUUUUAGAAAAUUCAUAAAAUAAAAUAGAACUUAAGCUUGUUAGUAAGGUUGUUGAAUAAUUAGAAUUAACGAAACGCCACUGUUAACAAAAAUCACCUCUUGUGGUAACUUUAUUAGUACAAAACUAAAUAAAUGUAUAAAACGCUUAUAAAUAGCAAAUCAUAAAGGAAUAAAGU